AUGAACAUAACUUUAGAGUGUGGCAUGGAGUUCAACGCGGUUGAGGCAUCGGACUCUUCGCCUGUCAUGACUGUAAAUCUCAAGUCUGUCAUGUUACGGACCGGAUGUGGAACAUCCGGCCCGGGGAUGAAGGAUUCCUCCAGCAACAAAUGUCCUCGACUCUUCACCGAAAUACUCGACAUGAUCGUCGACGACCUCGCUUCGCACUUGAUCGACCACUUCCCUGGCGACCUGAGUGAACCGCAGGCCAUCAUGCCAACGCUCUAUUCUUGUGCGCUAACAUCGCGCCACAUGCGCACGAGAGUCAACCAGCACCUCUUCAAAGAGAUAGAAAUCAAGGACUACAAGUUCACGUUGCAGGGCUUCCGGCCAAGUGGCAAAGUUGACCUGCAGCUCCUGAUUGCCCGCAUCAAGGGCCUCGUCGCGAUCAUGGAUGCAAAUCCAGCAAUCAAGACACAUAUCCAGAGUUUUGUGCUUUCAUUCUUCGCAAUGAACGCGACCCAUCUCAAUCAUGAAGAGAAUUGCGAUGGGUUCGUGAAACUUCAAGAUGCGCUAAUGACCCUUCUUCCGAAGCUACCCGCAACGCUUCAGAAAUUCAGCUUCGUAAAUCUAUACGGUCAGUUUGACUUACGAAGAUUCCAGCAGGAAGUCUUGGCUGCAAUAAUGGCCUUCGUUGCUUCUCCAUCUCUGGAGUCUUUGUCGUUCUCAAACAUUGCAGAAUUUCCUCUAUCUGCCCUCUCGCACCCAAUAAAUUUGAAGCGAAUACGGUUGCAUGUCACGUCUCUGCCGACGACGGAGGAGGUCCCAGUCGGAUCUGUUCAGUUCCCCUUCCAGCUCACGGAGCUCAACGCCUUCAAUUCUCCAAAAAUAGUCGAGCACUUCGUCAGAGCAGGUCCCUCAGGACCGUUAUCAACACUCGAGGAGCUUUUAACAGAUUUGGUGUAUGAUGCAAAUAUCCUCCUGGCGUGGGAUAUCAUGUGCGGGUCGGCGCAGACGCUGCGAUCUAUUGAAGCUUCUCUGAUCAACGACGCCCUAUAUAGCACAAUAUACCCUGAUCUCAUCGACUUGUCCCUCUUACCUUCCCUCCGCUUCAUUAAACUCGCGUACAUGAUCGGCUCGCGUGAAGGCGAACGUAUUGGUGUUCCCGCCUCCAUUAUCAAGAUCCUCACGAGCCCCAGAGGGCAGCCAAAUACCCUGAAAACUAUUCACCUUAGAUUGAACUGGGAAUGCGUGACUACUAGCUCGUACCCAUAUGUGUUCCAUCCGCUGCAUGGGUGGGCCGAGCUGGAUGCAGCCCUGAUCGACACGAGAGCCUUCCCAGCAUUGAAGGAGGUCGUCCUGAACCUGGACCUAGGCUUUCUGUGGCUCGAACCCGACCUUACUGACGAGCACAAAGAAACUCUGAAGGCGGCCGUGCAGCCCUAUGUAGACGCCAUCCUGCCUUCGCUCAGAAGGUCGGCUGUGAUUCAACUCAAUAUUGACCUCAAGGUGUACAAGGGGUUCCAUUCUCCCCACUAA